AUGAAGAGCCGCAAGUGGACCAUGCGCUUAUUUUAUCAUUUCCUGGACCUCGCAGUUAUAAAUUCAUGGGUUAUGUUCAAGAAGGUAAAUAAUAUAAAAGGAAAUGAUCAACUUCUCAAUUUGGGUACAUUUAGACUAGAACUUGCCGAAACCCUCUGCAAAUUGGGUCUACCUGCAAAUGGCGCUAAACGUGGUCGACCUAGUGGGAGCACAAUACAAAGAGAACUAGUAAUGAAGAAGUUCCGAGGACCAGCUCAAGCAAUUCCUUUGAAAGACGUCAGAUUGGAUCAGACAUGUCAUUGGCAGUUUGGCUGGAUAAGCAGCAGAGGUGCAAAUUCCCGAAAUAUUCAGGAUUUACGUUCAAAAUGUGCCAAAAAUGUCGUGUAUCUUUAUGUGAUACGAAAAAAAGCAAUUGUUUUUAUAAAUAUCAUAAUUUAG